UCGUAGAUUGGAUCGCAAAAGAAUUAGGUUGGAAAAUUUUCAGGUUAGAAUGGAAAUGUCUGAUUUCAAUUCUCCACGGAUUUAGGUGGAGAGAGUUUUAGGAGAAAACGACUGGAAUAAUCAAUAUACCGCCAUUGAAAGUGGUCUGAUUUCAUUAUGAUUCUCUUUCUUCCUGCAGCAGCUUUCUCCAAAAAUCCUCUCCAACAACGGAAUCACGCCUUCUUUCCAACGCAUUAUUAUUUAGUCAAAUGUUUCUAACGUCGGCGAAUUCCUCGACCUUCUUUUGGUGGAUCUGGUCUGAAUCGGAGACCCAUUGGCGGCCUUUCCACUCUGCCCUCUUUUGAUUUCCAUUUCGUCUUUUCAAAAGGGGUUUUAUCGCUCUCUUUUUCUCAAUUAUUUUGGUUUACAAUUGGAAUUUCCUUAGCUUCGUUAUCUGAUUGUUUCUUUUCUGAGCUUUUUUCCCCUUUUGUUUGAAUCGUUAAGAUUGAUCGUCUUCCAGCUAUUUUUUGCGAUUUUUAUCUGAAAUUAUUGUUCGGUUUGCUGCGGGAUUUUGAGGCAUCGUGUUUCUGAAGAACCUUGGUUUUGGAUGGUUUUUUUCACUUGUGGUUGGGGAAAGAUGGAACCGUGAGGAUAUUAUGCUGUUAUAAUGACAUUUCAACGACUUAUGGGUAUUGCAAAAAGGAGAUGUUUGGUUGUUUUUGUGAUUCUCAUAUGUGCUUCUUUAGCAACUUGCUUUAAGGACCAUGAGGAAGAGGAACUGAUUCUGAGCCAACUAGCUGACCCAAUUACUGGGGAUGUCAAUAUAGAGAUGGCUGAGCUGUUAUUGGUGAAGUGCAACUUGGAUUUCUUUCAGUUGAAUGAAGAUGUAGUUGGUACUGAUUCGUGCUCUGAAGAAAAACCGAGAAGCACAGAUGGAAUUAAUUUCGAAUGCCGGACGCUUGCAAAAGAAAAAACAAACAGAAUGCUAAGUUCCAUGCAUCCCCAGAUGAAGCAGGCUCUUUUAGAUUGUGUAAGAAAGAAUUUCAUGUCUCCGGGAGAGACUAUAAUUCUGAAGCUUGGUACACCCGAUAUCUGGAGUCAUUGCUUUUUAUGCCUGGUAGUUUUAGAAGGAAGUUAAGUUCUAGAUGGCUUCGAAGUGCUGAAGAAGAGCCCGCUCUGGCACCUGAAUCUUCAGAUCCUGUAUCUCCCCCCCGUCAUAAAAGAAAACCAUUUUUUCCACCAGAUUCUGGAAAUUCAAGUCAAUCUUCAGGAGAUGAAACUCCUGUAAGAAAAGCUUCUAGCACAGGUGGACAAAAGGAAAAGAAAUCUAAUCAUCAGCAAACAGUUAUUUUAGCUGUUGUCAUAACAGCAACAGUGACUUUUAUUAUUGUAGCUUUGCUCUUUUUAUGCUAUAAUAAGAGUGUUUCCAGAAUGAAGCAAAAUGAUGAAAAUCAUGAAAGGCCUCUCCUAAGCUUGAGCUUAAGUUCUUCGCCCAAGUAUUCUGCCUUUGGGAAUUCUAUUAAGGAAGACGUGCUCAUCAAUCAAGCAUCUAACUUGAAUCACCACCAGAGAGCUCCAUCUUUGGAUGGUAACCUGCACAUUGUCUCCGAUGGUGCACAUACCUCAAUGCAGGGACAUCCAGCUUUUGGAGAUGCUGGAAUUGCCAAUAACGCAUCUUUUGAAUCAACUUAUAUGGCUGAUGGUACUACUGGCUUGGUGCCACUUCCUCCUGGAGCAGUGCCAGUCAACUCAGAGAUUAUACCACCUCUGAAGCCCCCUCCUGGCAGGGCGAUUCCCCUGCCUCCUGGCAGGACUGUUCCCCUGCCUCCUGGCAAGACUGUUCCCCUGCCUCCUGGCAAGACUGUUCCCCUGCCUCCUGGCAGGGCUGCUGCUCCCCUUCCUCCUGAGCCCCCUUCGUCCUUUAAGUCACCAUCCAGCAUGAGUAGUUCUCCUCCUCCUCCACCUCCUGCACCUGGUGCUCCACCACCAGGACCUCCUGGAAAUUCAGGUCGCCCUCCUGGACCCCCUCUACCUCCAGCAUCUGGACCAGGCAACAAAGCAGGCCCUCCCCCACCACCACCUCCUAAAGGUGGUGGUGGUAGUGGUCCACCUCGACCACCACCUCCAGGAGCACCCAAAGGUGUAAAUCCACCUCGACCUCCAAGACCUUUUGGACGUGAUGAUGAAGGUAUGGACGAAUCGGGUGUUCCCAAAGCCAAAUUGAAACCAUUUUUCUGGGACAAAGUUCUUGCAAACCCUGAUGAUUCCAUGGUCUGGCAUCAGAUAAAAGCAGGAUCUUUCCAAUUCAACGAGGAGAUGAUAGAAACUCUUUUUGGAUAUACACCAGUUGAUAGAAACAAAAGUGAGGGAAAGAAGGAGGCAUCAUCACAAGAUCCUGCGCACCAGUUCAUUCAGAUCAUUGAUUCAAAGAAAGCACAAAAUUUGUCCAUUCUUUUGCGGGCACUAAAUGUGACAAAAGAAGAAGUUUGUGAUGCGCUUCAUGAAGGAGGUGAACUUCCUGCCGAACUUCUUGAAAACUUACUGAGGAUGGCACCAACACCAGAAGAAGAACUCAAGCUUAGACUGUUUAGUGGGGAACUUACUCAACUUGGAAAUGCCGAGCGUUUCCUUAAAAGUUUGGUUGAUAUCCCAUUUGCUUUCAAAAGGUUGGAAUCGCUGCUUUUCAUGGGCACUCUCCAGGAGGACAUCAACAUCACUAAGGAGUCCUUUGUUAACUUGGAGAUUGCUUGCAAGGAACUUCGGAGCAGCAGGCUGUUCCUCAAACUUCUAGAAGCUGUUCUUAAGACGGGAAACCGGAUGAACGAUGGAACUUUUCGAGGUGGUGCACAAGCAUUCAAAUUGGACACUCUUUUAAAAUUGUCAGAUGUGAAAGGAAAAGAUGGCAAGACUACGCUAUUGCACUUUGUAGUCCAGGAGAUAAUUCGUACAGAAGGGAUAAGAGCUGCGAGGAACGCCACAGGAAGCCAUAGCUUCUCGAGCACCACAUCAAAUGAUCUGCUGGAUGAAACACCUGACGAUGUGGAAGAGCAUUACCGUACCCUUGGUCUUGAGGUCGUCUCAGGGUUAAGUGGUGAACUUCAGAAUGUGAAGAAAGCAGCAACCAUAGAUGCUGAUGCCUUAACUGGAACUGUUUCCAAACUUGGGCAUGCACUCUUAAAAUCAAGAGACUUUCUGAACAAAGAUAUGCAGGGUUUAGGUGAGGAGAGUCAGUUUCACGAAACCCUGAAAAGCUUUUUGCAGAAUGCUGAGGUUGCUAUCAUGGCCCUCUUGGCAGAAGAAAAAAAAAUCAUGGAAAUGGUGAAAAGCACAGGUGACUACUUCCAUGGAAAUGCAGGGAAGGACGAGGGCUUACGGUUGUUCGUAAUAGUGCGAGAUUUCUUGGUAAUGAUAGAUAAAACAUGUCGAGAAAUAAAGGAUGCACAGAAGAAGCAGGUGAAGGUACACAAACAGGCAGUAUCUUCUGAUAGCAAUCACCCCCCUUCAACUCCAGUUCCCCCUGUUCCUCCUGCUGAUCUUCCUCCUGUUCCUCCCGCUGAUCUUCCCCCUUCAACUCCAGCUCCCUCUGAUCUUCCCGCUGAUCAUCCCCCCGUUUCUCCCACUGAUCUUCCCCCUUCAACACCAGUUCCCUCUGAUCUUCCCUCUGAUCGCCCCCCCGUACCUCCUGCUGAUCUUCCCCCUUCAACUCCAGUUUCCUCUGCUCCUCCUUCUGCUCCUCCCCCUUCAACUCCAGUUCCCUCUGCUCCGCCUCCCCCUUCAACUCCAGCUCCCUCUGCUCCUUCUGCUCCUCCUCCCCCUUCAACUCCAGUUCCCUCUGCUCCGCCUCCCCCUUCAACUCCAGCUCCCUCUGCUCCUCCUCCCCCUUCAACUCCAGUUCCCUCUGCUCCUCCUCCCCCUUCACCUCCAGUUCCCACUGCUCUUCCCCCUGUUCGUCCCCCUGAUCUACGACACGCGCCUUCUGCCGAUCUGAAUCAACUGAUCUUCCCAGCAAUUACUGAUCGUAGGAUCAGUGACUCAAGUUCAGACGAGGAGAGUCCAUAGGUUAAUCAGCUGAAAAGGAGCCCAGCCUUCAUAAUUGUUAGGCUCCUUUUGGUCAUAGGCAAGAUAUGUAGCAGUAAGAAGAAGAAGCUCCAUGAAUUGCCACAAUGGGCUCAGAAUGCACUUAGACUUAGACUUUGACUUUUAUUUUUCACUCACCCUUCAUUCAUUUGUAAAAAGAACUUAGUUUUGACGUUUUUGGCAGUUGGAGCAUUCAACAACAUAGAGUUUGUAGAUGUAGAUUGUGUUACCAGAGUAUCAGACUAUCAGUUAAAUGUCUCUCUUCUUUUUUGUUGUCAACUCCCCAAAAUCUCAACAUUAAAGAAGGCUUCUCCACUUGUUAUUUGAACUAAA